AUGAACAGGGCACCGAUUGUUGCCAAAUGUGAUAGAAAACGAGUGCUUUCCUCUUGGUCAUCGCAUUGCGGGGACAUAGCACCAGNAGAGUUUGAGAUAGAAUUUGCCAGCGUUCGACAUCUUAAUCCACAACAGUUUGUGGAGAAAUUGUCAAGAGAGCUCAGAGUUUGCGGAGUUGUGGCAGGUGAAAAUUACCGGUUUAGAUAUAGAGCUUCUGGUGACGCCUUUGAGCUUGUGAGGUUAUGCGAAGAGUACGGUAUCAGCGAUGACAUCAUUAACUCCGUGAUGGAUAAGAAUCAAGUCUGUGGAAUUGCAGAGACAGAGGAGGACUCAAAGUUGAAGGAAAGAGGACGAGUCUCAUCCACACGAGUCCGCCAUGCUCUUGCUGCAGGAGAUGUGAGGUAUGUAACAGAGCUUCUAGGCAGACCACACUGGCUCAUUUCAAGAGCGAGAACUCAAGAUAUAACGAGCAAAGGAGGAAAAUUUACUUAUAUUUGGACUUUUCGAAGAAUGUUCGCUUAUAUUUGGUGA